AGGAACAUAAAGCCAUAUAUGUUGGACAACAAAAGCUGUAUCAUGUAGCCAUUUUUCAACAUCUGCCUCUACAUCUGUGCCAUUCCCUUUCAUCUGCAUCACUUGACAUUCAAAAUCAAUCAAAACCCUGAAAAUCUCCAGGCAGUUCUCCCCACAAAAAUGGCACUCAAUAACACUGUCAUUGGAGCAAUCAACUUUGUAGCUAUGCUUCUCUCCAUUCCCAUCAUCGGCACGGGGAUUUGGCUAUCAACAGAGCCUGAUAAUUCUUGUGUGAAGAUCCUACAAUGGCCAGUCAUCAUUUUGGGCGUCUUGAUCUUGGUUGUGGCUCUAGCAGGAUUUAUAGGAGGGUUUUGGAGAAUCCCAUGGCUCCUUCUCUUUUACCUUAUUGCCAUGCUGAUCCUUAUAAUUUUGCUGGCCUCUUUGGUGGUUUUCAUUUAUAUGGUUACCGUUCGAGGCCAUGGCCACAUCGAACCAAGUCGGGCUUACUUGGAGUAUCAUCUUGAUGACUACUCAGGAUGGCUUCGCAGAAGAGUUCGAAGUUCCUACAAGUGGGAUCGGAUUAGAACCUGUCUUAGCUCCACAAAUAUGUGUGCAGAGUUGAACCAGCGUUAUCGGAUGGCCCAGGAUUUCUUCAAUGCACAUAUUAGUCCCAUACAGUCGGGAUGCUGUAAGCCACCAACUGAAUGCGGGUACACCUUUGUGAAUCCGAGCUACUGGAUUAGCCCCAUAUACACAGCAGCGGACAUGGAUUGCCUGCAGUGGAGCAACGAGCAGACACAGUUGUGCUACAACUGCAACUCAUGCAAAGCUGGGUUACUGGCAAAUCUGAAGAAGGAAUGGAGAAGAGCAGACAUUGUUCUACUCAUAACUCUGAUUGCUUUGAUAGCAGUUUAUUUGAUCGGGUGUUGUGCAUUUAGAAAUGCUAAAACAGAAGAGCUGUUUCGCAAGUACAAGCAAGGCUAUACGUAAGAAAUUAAUACAGCACUAGUGACAGUGGACUAGCUAGCUAGUAGUUGUGGUGCAACUGGGGUUGGUGUGAAUGACAAUUUCCCUAUUUCUACGACUUUUUAUUGAGAAGAUCCUUUUCUUGUCUGCAUUGUUGUUUACAAAAGGUUUUCUUGUGUUCCAUGCUAUGAUUGCUGUUGAAAAAAUGAAUAAACUUACGACUUAUGAGGA